AAGCAUAAAACGAUUCUGAGCCAAGCCGACAAAAUCUUUCAUUGUCAUCAUCUGAAUCAUUAUCAUCAAAAACAAACAGUAAAUCCCCAAAUUCGAUCCUCUCUCUCUAAUGGCUAGUUACAAAGCUGAUGAAGAGUAUGAUUACCUCUUCAAGCUCGUCUUGAUCGGCGACUCCGGUGUCGGCAAAUCGAAUCUGCUCUCCAGGUUCACUAAGAACGAGUUCAAUCUCGAAUCCAAGUCUACUAUCGGUGUUGAGUUCGCUACCAAGACACUCAAAGUCGAAUCAAAAGUCGUCAAAGCUCAGAUUUGGGAUACUGCUGGUCAAGAGAGAUACCGGGCAAUCACAAGUGCUUACUACAGAGGAGCCGUAGGUGCUUUACUUGUCUACGACGUGACAAGGCAGGCGACAUUUGAGAAUGCAGCGAGAUGGCUAAGGGAACUAAGGGGACACACCGACCCAAACAUUGUGGUGAUGCUUAUAGGGAACAAGUGCGAUUUGCGUCACUUGGUAGCUGUGAAAACAGAAGAAGCUAAAGCCUUUGCUGAGAGAGAGUCUCUCUAUUUCAUGGAGACAUCAGCUCUAGAUGCAACCAAUGUUGAAAACGCCUUCACUGAAGUGCUCACCCAGAUUCACAAGAUAGUGAGCAAAAGAAGCGUGGAUGGAUCGAACAGAGAUGGAGGAGGAGGAGCGUCUGAUUUACCAAAGAAAGGAGAGACGAUAAACGUCAAAGAAGACGGAUCGGUUCUAAAGAGAAUGGGUUGCUGCUCUAACUAGAGUGGGAUUGUAGAUUUUGGUUUGGUCUCGUUAGGGUGACACAGCAAAUGAUAGUCUCUUGGCUCUUGCAAUCAGAAAAAAGAAAGAAAUAAGAGGGAAACAAUUACUUUGAGAUGAUGUUUAUGCUUUGUUAACUUUGGCCUGUAAGGGCUUUUAGAAUUGAAGGUACAUGAUUGAUAUUUUGUCUUGGACAAUCCCGCCACUUGUAAAUUUGUGUGUUAAACUAAACAAAUGUCCCAGUAACAUUUCAAUGCAAAGUCAAAUUUUA